AUGAUCAAGAAUAUUAAGAUUCCUUAAAUACAUCAAAUAAUAUGUAUGAAAGUGUAAACAAAAAUACCUAAAAACAAAAUAUUUUUGAUUUAGAAAGAGUUGAUAUGUUAUAAUAUUCAAUAGAAGUUGCAGGAGAUGAAUACUUAAGAAUUACCUUAGCAAAUAGAAAAUAGAGGAGGAUUUAUAAAUGAAAUUCUUAACUUAAUUUAUAUAGACAAUAAAUUCUUAAAUAUAACGAAGAUAUUGAAAAGAGUUAUAAGAAAAAUCACAAGCAGAGUUUAAUAAGUUAAAGAAAUUAUCAGAUAUAGCAUAAAGAUUUUGAAGCAAUAACCAGAACCUUUCUAAUACAUAGUAAAUCAAAUGAUGGUAACAAUUUUGUUUAAUCUCUUAGAAUAAAAACGAACUCUAAGAGUACAUAUCUAAUGCAAUAAAUAUGAUAGUCUAAGAUUUUAAAUUAUAAAAGUUUAAAGUAGAAGAAGAAGAUUAAAUUAAAAAUUUAUAAAAACCAGAUAUGAUAUUAGAUUAAUUUAAAGAAUGUAUGGGAGACUCUGAAAUUCAUCAAUUGCUAGGAGAAAUAGAAUCAACAAUGGCUGAUGGAAUGAAUCAAUUAGGGCUUGGGGGAAUUGAUAGUAUACCAGAAAAUUUUGAGAACUUUACAUGA